GAAACUUGUAGAUCUCGAAAUUUUGAACAACUUUGGUAUUCAAAAGUUUUUCAUUUGAGGCCUUGUAGAAGGAGAAAAACUGAAAUUACAAACUGGAGUUUUGAAUUUCGCUCUAUUUACGCAUUUGCCCUCACUCCAUCUUCCUCUCUGUUCCUCGCCGUGAAGACGCCGUUCGCCGCCGGCGCGGUCACUGGCCGCCGACGCGUCGCGCCUCCGGCCGAAACCGCCUUCCCCGUCCCCGGUUUUGCCCCCAUACCAGCUUCCCUGGCGCCUUGCACGCUCGCCACGCGCCCCCGUCGUCCUUCCGCUCGACACGCCGUGGACGCCGUCGCCGUUCUCGACGUCAGUGCUACACGCGUCGCCGCGCCGUUCAACCACCGUCGCCGUUCAAGCCGUCCUCACCCUUUCACGAUGCCAAACUCAAGUUCGCCUCUUCCUCUUCUCGCGCUAGAGCCAGAGCUCGAGCUCCCUGCGCCAGAGGCGCCACCCGCCAUCGCCAUGGCCGCGGAGCUCGGCUCGUCGUGGCAUCGCCCCCUUCGAUUCCUUUUUCCCCAAAUUAAACCCCCAGCAGCCUUCCUCGCCUCCCCACGAGCCUCCCAGGGCCGGCCGCCCCUCCUAAUCGCCGCCGGCGAGCUGCCGCCACGGCACCCCAUGGCCGCCGUCGCACUGCUCCCGUGGAGCUCCCCUGUCCGACCCUCCUACACCACAACCGAGCCCCCAGACCGCUUCAACUCGCCCCCAGGAAGCUCCCCGACCCCUCCACCACCGCCCCAAGCCACCGGAACACCGCCGCCGUUGCACAGAACCGCCGCCGCCCCUUGCUUCACGCCGGCGAGCCCCGUCCGGCCAUCCCCGCGAGCCCCGAGACCACCCACAGGUACGAUAGAUGAACCACGUGAAGGAUGUGAUGUUGGAGUUGAGCCAGAAGACGGUGAAUGGCAAGCCCCGGUUAUCGUCCCUCGCCAAAAUCUUGGGUUCAGGCCGCCAAGACGUGUCUCCUAUGAUCGGGAAGCUGCCGUCCAAAACGGCAAUGGUGCGUCCUACAAUGGCGGAGGUAACAGUGCUCCGAGAGGCAACUACUCUGGCCCUGGCCGCCAUGACGGGUACAACAGGGGCAACGGCGGGUACCAAGGCAACGGCGGGUACCGGCAACAACAGCAGCAGGGCGGCAACGUUGGUGGAUACUACCAGAAGGAGGCGUCCAGCCAAUGA